CGCCUAGCAACGGCUGGAAGCGUUGUUGACAUCCGCGGAGGCGGUGGCGGCCGACUGAGCGCGGAGUCUCCGCCGCCGCGAUGGCAGAGGUGGAGGAAACUCUAAAGAGGAUCCAGAGCCAUAAAGGGGUUAUUGGAACUAUGGUUGUAAAUGCAGAAGGCAUUCCGAUCAGAACCACCUUGGACAACUCAACAACAGUUCAAUAUGCAGGUCUUCUCCAUCAGCUGACGGUGAAAGCCAAGAGCACUGUCCGUGAUAUUGAUCCUCAGAACGACCUAACUUUUCUCAGGAUUAGAUCAAAGAAACAUGAAAUCAUGGUAGCUCCAGAUAAGGAAUAUCUUCUGAUUGUCAUUCAGAAUCCAUGCGAGUAAACCUUCCACUACCAAGUCUGUGCUAGAGACACUGAGUUGGAAACACUUCGCUCUUUAUUGAUUCCUAAAAUUAUAUUCCAAUCUAACUGGGUCUUUGGAUAUUCUUUUCUAUUUUUACAUAUAAACUAUUCUACAUGUCUUUUUAGUCCCUUUUGAUUGCAUUGUGAACCUGUACUUUUGCUAAAUAAUAAAUUGUUAUGUACAUUUCUAUUUUUUAUAAUACAGAUUGAAUAAAGAUACAAAUCAGAAGCACA